GCGUGCUCGCGUACGUCGCCGGGCUUCGGCUGCGUCCGUCCCGCCGCCCGCCCGUUACCGCCGCCGCCGCCGCGCUUUCCCUUCGCCGGCCGCCGCCUGAGGGGGGCCGGGGCCAGCUGCCGCCGCCGGAAUGCCGCGGGUGUACAUCGGCCGCCUGAGCUACCAGGCCCGGGAGCGCGAUGUGGAGCGCUUCUUUAAGGGCUACGGGAAGAUCCUGGAGGUGGAUCUGAAGAACGGUCUGUUAUGUUCUGAACCCACACAUGUUUUCGGAAGGACCAGAUGGCUGACACUGGCUAAUGGGAACCAAAAGACAAGAGUGAAAGUAACCCGGUUGUCUCAUGCCCCAGCUUAGAGUGCUUCACCCUACCCUGGGACCAGUGUCCUUUUUCUCUGGAGACUUCACCCUGCUGUAUCAAAAAACUGCUACCACCUGGCUUGUCUGAGGUGGGGAAAGAUCAAGUGCAGACUGAGCUGUGGCCAACCGUUUGCAGACCAGGAAUCCACACUAGCUCUAAUGAGAGAGCUCUUGGUGUGCGGGAACUGCCAGUUUGCCGACGUGAAAGAGCCCCAGGCUGGGUAAUGGUGAGCCCUGAAGUCGCACCCCAGCUCUGCCACUGAGUGAGCACGGCAACAUCCCUAAUCCUGACCAGCCAUGGAGAGGUUCGGUUCUUACAAGGAAAAUGAGUGAAUGUGGGAAUGGCUCACCACAUUGGGAAAGCAAAACUCACAUCCUGCUGGUGCUUGGCUGAGGACUCUCAUGUCCACAUACAGAGAAAAGCAUGUGGCACAGUUUUAGGACAAAGGUAUGGUUUUGUGGAGUUUGAUGAUCUGCGUGAUGCAGAUGAUGCUGUUUACGAACUGAAUGGCAAAGACCUCUGUGGUGAGCGAGUCAUUGUUGAGCAUGCUCGAGGCCCACGUCGGGAUGGCAGUUACGGUUCUGGACGCAGUGGAUAUGGUUAUCGAAGAAGUGGCCGAGAUAAGUAUGGUCCUCCUACUCGCACAGAAUACAGACUCAUUGUGGAGAAUUUGUCAAGUCGAUGCAGCUGGCAAGACCUAAAGGAUUACAUGCGUCAGGCAGGAGAAGUGACAUAUGCAGAUGCUCACAAGGGACGCAAAAAUGAAGGAGUGAUUGAAUUUGUGUCUUACUCUGAUAUGAAAAGAGCUUUGGAAAAGCUGGAUGGAACUGAAGUCAACGGCAGAAAAAUCAGAUUAGUUGAAGACAAGCCAGGUUCUAGGCGGCGCCGGUCUUACUCUAGAAGCCGGAGUCACUCAAGGUCUCGCUCUCGAAGCAGACAUUCCCGGAAGAGCAGAAGCCGAAGUGGUAGCAGUAAAAGCAGCCAUUCAAAGAGCCGGUCUCGAUCCAGGUCAGGUUCCCACUCCCGCAGCAAGAGCCGCAGCCGCAGCCAGAGCCGCAGUCGCAGUAAGAAGGAGAAAAGCCGGAGCCCCAGCAAAGACAACAAGAGCCGCAGUCGCAGCCGCAGCCCUGACAAGAACCGCAGCAAGAGUAAAGACCAUGCAGAGGACAAGCUCCAGAACAACGACAGCGCCAGCAAAGCCAAGAGCCACAGCCCUAGCCGCCAUGACAGUAAAAGUCGGAGCAGGAGCCAGGAGAGGAGAGCAGAGGAGGACAGGCGAAGGAGCGUGAGCAGGGCUCGCAGCCAGGAGAAGAGCCUUCUCAAGAGCCGCAGCCGCAGCCGCAGCAAAGUGGGCAGCCGGAGCCGCAGCCGCAGCCACAGCAAAAGCAAGGACAAGCGGAAGGGAAGGAAGAGAAGCAGGGAGGAGAGUCGAAGCCGCAGCCGCAGCAAGAGUGAGCGCAGCCGAAAACAUAGCAGCAAGCGGGACAGCAAAGUCAGCAGCAGCAAGAAGAAGAAGGACACCGACCACUCCCGGUCACCGUCCCGCUCAGUGUCAAAGGAGCGAGAGCAUGCCAAGGCAGAGUCUGGCCCGAGGGAAAGCCGGGCAGAGGGUGAGAGCGAGGCUUCCAAUCCAGAGCCCCGGGCCAGGUCAAGAUCCACCUCCAAAUCCAAACCUAACGUCCCGGCAGAGUCGUCGCGCUCCAGGUCAAAAUCAGCGUCAAAAACACGCUCUCGGUCCAAGUCUCCAUCCAGGUCUGCUUCCAGGUCGCCCUCCCGGUCCAGAUCCAGGUCCCACUCAAGGUCCUAACUGGCUACGCCACUCUGGAACUGCCGAGAAGUGUUUUGUACAUGUUGGUAGCCGUAGCACAAGAGUGAAGUAGAACACCCGUCACUGCUGUACAUUAACUCCCUAAAGGUGUGUCUCAGUUGUUCAAUCUCAGUGCUUCCUCAGUCAGCCUCCAGGCGCCAGGCCUUCCCGCUCUACUGAAAAGCAGCUCCUCAGACUUCCCUUUACUCACAGUAGGACAUCCAGACACCUUGCCUUUCAGGCCUGGCCACGGCUACAGGGAGCUGGCACCUGUGCGGCUUCUCAGGCUGGAGUGAUGGCGUAGGUAGGUGUGGUGAGCUCAGCCGUUUGCCCUUGAAUCAAUGCCCUCUGAUGUGUGCCACGUAGUGAAAGUGCAAGUCUUCAGUCUCCCACCACUUCGGUUUCCUGUUUCUGGACUUACCAACGUUGUGAAUAGCACAGUGGAGAGAAACGGAUCCCUGCAUAGCCCAUAGGAAGUAACACUGUAGAGCUCCACAUUCUGGUAUUGUGAUUAUAUUGUUUUAUAUUAAAAAAGGAAAGAUUUUUUUUAAUUUUAUUUUUCCCCGUCUUGCAAAGUAUAGUGACCCCUGUUUCCAUUAAAUUUGAAUAAAAACUAUUUUUGCUUGACAAAAUUUCA